AUGGAAGUAAGCUUGUGGGCAAUUGAGUUGUUGAUGAAAGAACGAGCAAGAGAAAUUGUUGAGCGAUGUGGAUGUCGACUACAUGAGCCACAUGGUCUACCAUGUAAAUGUAAGAUGGAUGCAGUUAGUGAUGUCGGCGUGGAGUUACACCCUCACAACUUACAUCGAUUAUGGUCAUCUUUGGUGUAUGAGUGUCCUCCUGAUUGUACAAAAUUGGAGGACCAUGAUGCCAUUGAGCAUGACAUUUUUGCAACCAUGGUGGAGGAUGUGAACAAGCAAGGACCAGCUACUGUCUGGAAGGAAUCUCAAUUACUACUCCCUCAUAUUCGCCCACAAGUUGCAGGCCUACUAGACCCUAGGGAGUUAGAGACUCCAAAGGGACGGCCAUCAAAGAGAUCGAUGACUCGCUCUGACUAUCACAAUAAAAUCCCACCUAAGGUCCAAGUAUAA